GUUAGUGCUGGCAAAACUGUUCAACGGAUUAUUCUGAGAAGAUGAAUUUCAUGGUAUAUGUGUAACUGAUCCUUUCGUCCUCUGUCUGUACAGUUUCAUUGAACCACACUGAAUUGCAGAACACAGUGUAAGCCUCCAAAACCGGACACAGGUUUUUACCACGUUUGGGUAAAAACGUUAACAGUGUCAAAUUGUUUAUCAAUCAUUAAUUUUUCAAGAGAAAGCGGAAGCAGACAGGAGAAGUGAAAACCGCAGGCUCAAACUAACCUCGCCAUAGCUUUAACAACUGCCUCGCCACCACCACAGUUUGGUGUCAGACUUUCAAGAUGGAUGCUUUCGUCUCGAUAGGUUUCUGUUUCUUUUUCGAAACGGACCUUACAUGCGCUGAUCACCCAUGAAUGGUUACACGUUGGACACUCGUUCACUAUUAAACGGAUUUAUUAGCUGAGAAGCGAUAAAAUUGGAUUUUAGUGGAUAUAUUUGGUCCUGCACGUUUGCACUGUCGUCUAUUUUGUAACUUCCUGGUUGUCGUAUUAAUAUGUCUGUCGAAACUGCGGCGAAAGCUCGAGUGACUUUGAAAGGAUUUUUGGACACAAGAUACAUGGGACUUUAUAAUUCCGUUGUAAUGUUUAAAACCAGAGACAAUUAUUUUCAACGAAGGGCAAAGGGAGAGCGACAGAUUUCGUAAGAGUUCAGCAAUGGAAAGUGGAAAUGGUGGUGCCUCGAGUAAAGGUGUUUUAGAGCCUGUUUCAGACACUUCUCACGUCUUUCAAAACAGUAUUUUGGCUCCACUUCAAAGUGCGUACUUAUAUGAAGAGUCAAAGCAGUCUUUCAAGUACAAGUCCGCUGUCUUGGUAAAGAAUCCAGUUCUGGAAGAAAAGUAUGAUGCCUUCCGGGCAAAGAGAAGAGAAGCAGGAUAUUCAGAGGAGGAUUUGAAGGAAACCUAUGGCUUUUUACUGUUUGACGAUGUCAACAAGGCUCAUGCAGUCCGAGAGACUGGUGUUCUCACAGGAAAUGGUACAUGUACAACUCUGGGGGAUCCUUGGAAGGGUGUUUACAUAUCAAUGUACUCAGACUGUUUGGAUCUUAAUCGCUGGUAUCAUGGGAAAUCUGGAUACAUUGCCAUCAUCAGGCUGACAAAGGGGAGAGUUAAAAAGGUUUUAGAGAACUACACUCAGAAUUACACAGCACCCACUGAAGGGUUUGACUGCCAUGUGUCAGAACAGCUGCCCUCAGUGUCUGCCCAAACCAGCUCCUUUCUUGCUUUUGAGAGAACCCAGUAUUACAUGUAUGAGCUGUUAGGUGAUGGAAGCAAUGAAACGGCUCAGUCUCCCAGUGCUGCCUGUCCUUUUGCUAUUGUAUCGUUUUCAUAUACGGACACCAAAUCAACACUUGUAGUACAACAGGAGGCAAGUGAGGAGGACAAACAGGAUUAUCAUUACUUACCCUGGAGGGGUCAGCUUCAAAUAGCCAACAUGCUCUAUAAUGUUGCUCUGAGAUCUACAGCAGGGGCCUUGAUUCCUACAAAACUGCCACCAGUGGUCAAAGUUGACAGAGCCAUUUGCAUGUCAGAUCUCACACAGCUGUUGCCGAGGACUGUCUUUGAAACGUGCUUCUCUGGUGAAGUCUUUCUGGAUGGCCUAUACUGCAGUCUGUGUGAGCUGAUUACUUCUGAGGCGGAAGAAAGCAACUCACUCUCUCUUCUUCUGCAGCAGAUCAAGGAGAAAGAUCUUGCUCUCCCUGUUCCACUGAAUGAUGGUGGUUUUCUUAUGCUGUUGCACUCCUCCCAUUUCCUCACAUAUGAUGACAAUGGAUCAAAUCCAACUGAGGUCCUGCAGGGCAUGUUCGUUUUCCCAGGCUCACGGGUGAUACAAAGAGGUACAAAAUGUGGACAGAGAAAAGCAAUUAUGUCACCUGAAAUUCUCCGGGUUCUACCAGUACUAAAUUAUGCAGAGGGUGAAGCUGAGAAGACGCCUUUUGACCCAAGUGAAGAACUCUGUGAAGUGUUGGUGCAGCAUAUGCAGAGUUACGCAGCAUUAAUAAAUCCUGGGUUGGCAUUAAGUCCCUCAAGGGAAGUAAGCAUCUUUCCAGAUCAGUAUGAUGUGCCGGAUGCACACAAACACCUCUACUCAUCCCCUGAGUGGACUGACAGAGCAUGGCAGAGCUUCAAGUCAUACAUGAGCAAACCAGUCUCCUUUCAACUACCAGUGUCCAAGUCUUCAGAAAUCCUGGCAGCUGGACAAGAAGAGCGAAGAGAAGAUCUUGAUGAUGAUGUCUACAUCUGUCUGUCAUCUCCUGAGGAGGCACCUGCCAAUCCUGUUGACAUGGGGUCAGAAGACCAGUUGACUGACCAGAAAUUUCCUGUAAAUGUUGAGACAUCUGUUGACAGUGGUAUAACAAGCGCUGAAGCACAGGUUGACUUCACAGCUGAUGUUGCAGCAGAUGAUUUGCAAGCCAGAGAUGAAACCAAAGACAAUGAUAAAUCUGGCCUGUCUGUACUAGACAAAACUGAUGACACAGGGGCAGGAAAUCUCCUGACUCCCCCUACAUCAGAUGACCUUUCAGCAGAGCUGAUUGUCAGCAUCACUUCAGCAGAGCAAACGCUCACUGAUGAGAGUUUAAGUGUGAUCAGUACUGUGUCAGCAACAAAGCAAAAUGACUUUCAGCUUUCUGGUUUUUCACCAGCUAAAUUGCAAACAGCAGGAGCUAACGCUCUGCAUGAUGACACUGUCAAAAUCAAAAAUAAAGAUUGCCCUGAGGUCACCAAUUUCCCCAAAACAAAAGGGAGGAAGCUACAUAGGGGACCUUCCAAAGGUUUGAAAAAAGCAUCUAAAGCUAGUGUUGAGACUCUCAGUUUGCAGACUGUCAAAAUACCAGGGGAGGAUGACACCUUCCCGAGUCAGAAGGAUGACCAGGCCAAGGAAUCAUCAGGCCACUCAAAGCUAAUCAAUCCUUUGAAAGUUGAUUGGAGAAAAUUACCAAGGCGAAAACGCAAAUUUGGAAAACUGUCAUCUAGAAAUAAGAAAGUGAGAUCUGCUACUGUUGCUUUAGCAGUAGCAGAUGAGAAAAAAUCAGCUCCUGGACAGCAGAGCUUGGAAGGCAACAUUUUAAUGGAACUUGAAGUUUGUCCUUUGAGAAAGAAAACUGAGCGCUGGGACUUAAAGCCGGUUAUCAGCGUAUGUGGAAGGAUCUUGGUUCCUUUUGGCUCUGUAGAUUUUGCUGCUCAGAUUAAGCUUUUAAAGGAUAAACAUCAGUGUACAAAAGAUCAACAGCACCCUGAAGAAAAGUUGGUUGAUAACUCUGUGAAUGCUCAUGACAAAGAUGAAAUGGAGCAAGACUCUAGCACUGCCCCAGAGACGGCAGUGGACGAAACAGAGGCCACAAAAUCCAAGGAUGGAGGGAACCAUCUUCAAAAUGUUGUCGGCAGUAUUGAUACUGAACAUCGACUUCUGAGACAAUCACACGACGGUUCAUUGCCUUUGAAUCCAGAGAGUAGUCAGCAUUCUUCAAAGAAUAAUGGCACAGACAAUCCCCCCUCAGAAACAGUUAAAGAAAAGCACACUGAUACCUGUUCCCAAGCAAAGUGUGCAACAAAGGGAGAAUUUCUGUUGAGUAAACUAAAAUCAGUUCUUUUAAGGGGAAAGAGAAAAACUGAUUUCCUUGUGUCAGAAGGAACAACAACAGUUACUGCCCAGAACACUGAGCCUUGUCUCAAGAAGGGCAAAGGUGACUCUGAUGCUGAGACAUUGAAGGGUGAUAAUGCAGUUUCAAGUGUCCAGGACACAAAUGUGGGUGUGAACGAAGUUUCAAAGAUGCAGUCAGUUGAUCCUCUAUUUGCAUAUGCCCUAGGCCUGACCCCUAAAGAGAAACCUAAUAAGGCACAGAAAAGUGAAGGUCAGGAUUCUCAACUAAGGAAAGACUCAUCAGAGACACAAGAACAAACCAUUCUAGACAAACAACCUCAAAUCAUACAAAAGCCUCCAUCAAUUUUCCCAAGAAGGGGUAGGAUUAAAACACUCAAAAAGCAUCAAGGCAUCUCUACAGAAUAUAUUAAAAAGAAAUGGUGGUUGCAUUUUCAAACCCCAGCUUGUUUUACCACUGAAAAUCUCAAAAGCAAAGAGUGUACUAGGGAUAAUUCUGUCAGGAAGACUGUUAAGGAAAAAAUGAACAGUACUUGCUCAUCUACAGAUGCUUUGAACUUACUUGCUGACUUGGCACUCGGUGCCAGUAAUGACCAGGUUCCACCACAACCAGACCCAGCUCUUGAGAGAAAACCUGAGACAAGUUUGAAGAAGUGUGGCCUUACAAAAGAUGUUGCCAGUGCUGAACAAGACUCAGUUCUUCAUGCUCUGCUUAGACAGCCUGCUGCUAAACCCAUUCAACUUUUUGAGUCUCCUUUACCAAGCAAUCUUGUGGGAGAAAGUGAAUUAGUUGGUUUAAUAUCUAAAGAACAUGCCUAUUCAUUGCCCCCGUCUUCCCCUCUGCUGUUGGGUUUGCCAGGUACACCUUUCCAGGUAUCCCCUUUAAGUGGUUCUACCAGACUGCUGCACCCUCAACAGCAGUUGUAUGGCGAUGGAAUUCAAACACUACAACCCUCUGUUUGUCAGGAAGACAGAGAUGAACGAAACCACAGGACUCCAGAAUACCUGAAAAAACAUAUGGUGCGCAGGAGAAAGUUCAGACACUCCCGCACAUUUGUUAACAAGGGUGCAUCUGUCCAAGUCACAAGGCAAUGGAACGAAAACUAUGACUUUAAUCGAGACAGCAAGUUUUCAAGUGACGUAAAGGACAGAGCAAUCGUUCGAGCCUUGCAUGGCCCGUGGGAUUUCUCCACUCAAGACACCACUGAGGAGGUACGGCUCAUUGUCCACAUGUGGAUAGGUCUGUUUUAUAGCCGGUCAACAGCCAGAUUCUUUCACGUGGACUCGAACUUUGCAUAUUCAGAAGAGAGUGAUUCUUUGGAAAUGUCCAGUGAAAUGGUAGCAGCAGCACCAGCUCAGCCUGAAGGGCCAGCCAAGGGAAAUUCAUGUGGUGCUUUCCCGAGUUUAACAGACACUCAAGACCCUUCAAUUUCAAAAGCCCUGGACCUCAGCAAAAAAGAUGUCUUGGACCAAGGAUCUGUAAUUUUGGACUUGUCAAUGAGAAACGGUGGUGGAGAGAUUGUCACUUCAGAUCCACAAGUCAACAAAGAAGAGACUUCUGUGUCCGGUGAACAGACAGAAGCAAGUGAAACAUCGAACACACUCAAGUCAUCCGUGGGACCACAGGAGGCAGACACAUUCCAGUGUUAUAAAACAUCAGUACACCCCACAGAGAUUAUUAAUGAUGUGAACAAUGUCAGAAGCAUCAAGGAAAAUGAGAAAACUUGUAGUCCUUCGCAAAAAGCUGGCUGCUUGGAACAUACUGCUAUACCAUCUUUUAAAGGGGAUGGAUCAUUCAUUCCUCAACAAGAAGAGACGAAAAGUGUAUCCAUUCGGACAGAAAAUGUUUGGCCUGCUUCAGGAAUUGGCCACAUGUCACAUGGAUGCAACAAAAAGAAGAUACAUAUGAAAGAUGGCAUUGAAAAUUCAGAAAUGACAGAGAUGAGUUUGGUUCAAAAACAUGAAAUUGAUUCAUCUGAAUCCAUGAGAGACAAAGGGGGAGAGUCCAACAAAGAAGCAGAUGAAGUGGUUCAUAUAGAUGAGCAUGAAGAAAUUGAAUACAAAGAAAACUUGGAAUUGAAAGAAAACCCUUGCCAAGAAGACGGUAUAGAACCUUCUUCAGAAGUGAUUGAUACAGGUGAUGAUUCUACAAAGAAAGAACCAGGUGUCAUUGGCAAUGGAAAUUGUUUUGAAAAGGAGAAGCAGUUAUCAAGGGAGGAACCUAAAGCAGUCUCACCAAGCAAGGCUGAAAAUGUUAAUGAAGAAGUGGACUGUCGUACAGAAGAUAACUUUGGAAAAGACAAUGGACUUGAUGAGAAAGACAAUUGUGUUCCAGCUGAAGCAGUUGACAGGGAUUUGAGUGAAGACCCAUCACCUAUGAUGUGUGACGGCCCUGAUUCAGUAAAGAAGGAAGAUUGUAGUUGCCAAGCACCAUUUGAUGAACAACCACCUCAAGCAGACAAUGAAGAGGAUGCCUGCAAUGAUUUGCAGUUGAGAAAGCUGCCUGUAAAUGGGAGUACACUGACAGAUGAACAUCCCAUUUCAGAAAAAGCUCCUAACACUCCAUCUGAAAUGGACGUUGUUUGCAAUCAACCUGCAGAAAAUGAUAUUUGUUUGGCAGAUAAGGUACAUUAUCAGAUGGCAGCAUUACCCAUAUUUGAUGAGAGGACUGGUUCAUUAGAUGUGUCCGGUCUAGCUGGGUCUAUCCCCCAGUCCAAAGAUGGUUUGGAAACAGGAAGCCAAAACAUGGAAAUGGCAAUCUCUGAUUUUGGUCCAAGUAGUGAUGAAACAAAAUCAGUUGUGGGAAUGGAAAAGGAUGAUAACACAACUCAAGAAGAACCAUUUCAUGACCUGUUUCAUUCACCUCAGAGUGAGGUUCUGAAAAAAUGUGAACCAGAAGAGGCAUUGACUAAAGAAACAGAUCUCGAAAUUAACAGAACAAGUGAGGGAUUGGAAAAAAGUCAUAGUGGGGUUGUAAUUCCAUUUAUUGGACUAGACAUCUCAGGAGAGGAUAUAGUACAACCACAAAUCUCACAUGAACAAAGCAAGGUUGAAGAAGUUGUUCAAGGCAAGAAAGAUAUACCAUUUAUCAGUGAAAAUAUGCACUCUGACUUGCCCACAGAGGUAUGCAAUACAUCUGAAACAUACAGUAAAAAGCAGGGACUGUCUUUUAGCAAAAUAUCACUUCUUGAUGUAAGUGAAACCAACCAGCCAGUAGUCUUAGGAAGUGAGUCUGAUGACAGGUGCCCUACACCAACUUUGGAUGAGAAGCCAUAUGAGUGCAUACCUUUCCCUAGAAGCAGUACUUCUGCUUUUAGUAGUAGUGAAACCUGCAAAAGCAUGACUCAAAAUCGCCUUAGCAGAAGCUCAACGCCUAUAAUGGAUGAGAUGCCUCUUGAACGAAAACGUUGUCAGUCUAUAGUUAACAGUGAUCCUAACCCUCAUUAUGGUCUUCAUCCUGAUCUCGAACUAAGAACUCUAAGAGUUCUACAAAGUAUAGACAAGUUCCUCUUCAAGUCAAACCACACCGACAAGUCCUGCCAGAUUGAAAAGGCUGAUAUAAAAAAACAUCUUGAUCAAACCCCUAACCUUAACAGCAAGCACAUCCCCACUUGCUCAGCCCCAAGCCAAAUGUCAGUUGACUUUAAGGACAAGAUGAUAAGCAAUUCAAAGCCAGAGGUCAUGUCAGCCUCUACAUCACAUAAACUGCACAAAGAAUCACCUGAUCACUGUCUUAUAUCACCUUUCAAGACUAAAUUAGAGGAAGUACUUGGUGUUAAGUUGCAGCUAAAGAAAGCAGACUCACCACUUCCACAAGACUAUUUUGAAAGAGCAGAUGAAUUACAGAAAACCUCUAGAGGGCAAGACUAUUGUCAUUCAUACACAUCUGUUCCCGCUACUGAGUGUUUUCAAACCAUUACAGCUAAUAUUGGCCAAGACAGGCAUAAAACAACACCACAGUCCUGUCUAAAUCAUGAACCCCGUUCAAACAGUCAGCGUCCUGUCAUGGCUGUAAAACCUUCUAAGAGUGAUGAAAGUCAAGCAUAUUGCAUCUCUAAAGAUGGACCAAUUGAAUACGCUCCCAAAAAUAAAGAGACUAAACCCCCUGUAGUCACAUACACCACACGUACUACCACGCCCUUGGAGAAGAAGACAGAACAUUUCAAGGGAAAUUCUAGACUAAAUGAUGUAAAGCAGGAGUCCUGUGAGUUUUCCUCUAGAAGUAGUUUAUUGUCAAAUGUUAUUGACAAUAAAUCUAGCUUGGAUAAAGCUAAGUUUGCCCUUUUAGAUCCUUCAAAUCAGUACCAAGGAAAGGACAUCAAGAUUUCGUCAUCAUCUCUAUCCAUGCAGUCAUUUGAAUCAGCAAAAAGUGAUGGACACCAAGGUUUCUUGGCAUGCAGUACACUUGAGAAAGUUGCGCAAACAACAAGAGAGAACAUUAAGAUUGAUCAGAAAGACUGCUCAGAAGCAUCAACAUCAUUUGUGGAUCACAAAGAUAGUAGCAUGAUAGAUGACAGUCACAUAGGACCUCAAACCUCACUCACAUGUACAAUCUAUAACACCAGUCGGAAGAGAUCAUGUUCUUUUCUGGAGCAGGUUUCUCAGAGGUGCCUUCAAGAGAAUGUCACUCAAGUGUCAAUGGAACAGGAGUGCCUCAUCUUCUCAGAACAAAUGAAACAGCUUUUGAAAAGGAGUAAGAGAGGACCCAUCUGCCAUCAGGACUCACAUGACAAACUGACAUUGGAUUGUGCUAGUCCUGUCACUGUGCACUUUUCCAGUCUAGAGGAGCAGGAGGAUUCACUGGAAAUGUUGGAUGCACCGUCGCUUAUUGGACAAAAAAUCAAGGUAGAUGUGUCCGAGAGGAAAGGCAUGGCAGACUCUGGAGAGGAAGAAAAGACUUUGCAUCCUCAAAAAUUAUCUCCAGGAACAGGUAACAUGAAGGAACAUGCUGGAGUUUCUGGUGCGACUACAGAAUGUGCAAGGUUGUAUGAAGCAAUUAUGGAUGACAUUUGUGCUGUCAAAAAGGUCCCAUCUAGACCUAAGCACUUCAGAAUGGACAGAGGUUACGAAAAGACUGAACCAAGUAACCAUUUUGAUUUCUGUGAUCAAAUGAAGAGAGAGAUGGAUGAGAGCUUCCGAAGUAAUCUGAAUUCAGUGGUGAAGAAAUCUUGUAAAACAAAGUACAGAUUCUACAUAUUAGUGACGUCAGAUGAUGCCCUCUUUGAGGAAACCAAGGCACAGUUAGAGGCAGAGGGCCAUACUGCUGUACAGCCAUCUGAAUUCUUCCUCACUGAGGGUAGUUCUUCGUCCCUACUCAUCAUCCUCAGGAAUGAAGACAUUGCAGAGCACAUUUGUGAGGUCCCACAUUUGCUCGAGCUGAAAAAGUCACCAGGUGUGCAGUUUGCUGGGAUUGAUGAACCAGAUGAUGUUGUGAAUCUCACCCAUCAGGAGCUCUUCAUGCGGGGUGGUUUUAUAAUGUUUGACAGAGCAGCACUGGAGCCCCUUAGUGUCUGCGACAUGAAAAAAUUCUCAGAAAUCUUGCAAGAGCUAAGAAGAACGGGGAAAUGGAAAUGGAUGUUACACUACAGAGACAGUCGCCGACUGAAAGAAAAUGCAAGGUUGAGUGCAGAGGCAAAAGAGAAGAAGCACUUCUUAAACUCUUGUCAAGAAACUGGAAUACUGGAGGUCUUGCCUUACCACGAGUGUGACCUCAUGUCCAGAGAUCAACCUGACUAUCUCACAUGUUUGGUUCACUUGCAGGUCCAGAAUAUAUCUUCCCGUUACCCUAUUUUUAUAACUGAUAUGGCAACAGACAGCGCAUUUGGGAGAAAUGGAAUUUUAACAAUGACUUUGAACUCUUUCCUGACAAAUUCUCCAAGCAAAACAUUUACAGUCUGACCUCAAAAAGUCCCAUGGAUGACUUCAAGUACACAGAUUUCAAAAACUCACUGGAUGUGAGAAAAAACAAGAAAAACCAACACGAGUAAUGUUGAUUUCAAACAUACUACAUUUAUUAUUAUACUUAAUAUCAUAAUUUAUUAUCUUACUUAAUUUGAAAACUCAUUUAUCAUUCAGUUAAUGGAUAGAGUGACAAUAAUGCCAAAAUACUGGCAAGUGUGCUGUACAUACUGUAUAGACUUUGUAUUGUAUUUUUGCUGUAAAUUAUAUUGUAAACUUGUUAAAUAGUGUGAUUUUUUAUGUGGUAUAUAUUUUGUGUUUAGCUGAUAACUCUGACUUUAUACAACUGCAGCACAAUCAUUACUAGUUUUUGUUUGAUGAUGACGUUUUUGGGGUCAAAAGAUUCACAAAUAUUUUUUUUUAAACUUUGCUGCUGUGCUUUGUCCAGCCCUUGCAACAAAGCUUGUGUUACAUAUUUAAAAUUACUACUAUACACUAUUAAGGUUGCUGACAGUGAUUCUUAACUUUUGUUGGAGCACAACAAUUAAACAUUAUUACUAAAUGCUGAAUAUGUUUAGUUUUGUUGGCAUAAUUCUGUGCAGCACAGCUGAGAAUAAAGAGAUGUCUUACAAUAUUUUGCUUUAAAAGAAUCAAUGCUGGAUGCUGGAAUCUGCACUCUGAUCCUGGCCACUCACAGCACACUCUGUGUUCACACUUUCAGCAUCCUUGCUGCAAGACCCACAACAUUGUAAAGAAAUUGUCUCAGAUGACUAAAGAACUAUCUUUACUCAACCAAAUAAAAUUAAAAUAGAAAUCUGGAUUUAGUUUUGGCAAGGAAGAUCAAGUUCAGCUUUAUCAGAAUAAAAUGCCUCAAAAUUUUGGUUUCUCUA